AUGAACAUCGAAAAUGCUGCCGAUCCUUCUUGUAUAGAAGAUCUUAUUUUGAGUGCAGCUUUAGAUGAAUAUAUUAAAGAACAUGGUAAUGAAAUAUUGAAUAACACAUGCGAAAAAUACAAGUCAAAACGUCCAUAUUUAUCAAAACACACAAAUUUAGCAUCGCGAAUCGAAAGUAUAUCAUCACAAGAAGAUUUAUUAUCGUUUACCACGAAUGAAUGUGAAUAUUUAGUCGGAUUACUAGAAGUCAACGAAGAACCUGAACCAAAUGCACAGGGAGAAGAUGAUAAGUGGAAAACACUAUUAAUGCUGGAUUAUAGGAGGAAGCAGAUUAAUUAUGAAAGACCACUCAAAUUCAAAUUAAAAAUGUUGGCUAUUUGUCCCUUUCGUCCUUUCUUAUUGACUGUCGAAAUGUAUCAUUUAAAUGAUUGUAACAAAAUUUUCGAUUUAACUCCAUUCAACCUGGUGUUUAUUAUGCUUAGCGCUGGGUAUUAUCGCAAGCAGUCAUUAGCCCGAUCAUUUUAUGUGUCUCAAGUGCUAUUUGAUUUCGCUCUUUGUGCUAAUAAGGAUAAUCCGAUACUUGAUGGACUAUUACAUUAUGAUUAUCUUCACAAGUAUUAUACGUUUUUACAAACACAAGUCUAUGAGAAAAGUGGUACUGGCGUUAAGACUUUUUUCUCGACAGCAACUAUUAUGAAGCGUCUAAUCUCUUUAACAUACGGUUUAGAUCUUAUUGAAUUAAUACAUGGUACAUAUGAUCCUCAGUUUGAAACAGAAGUGAAAAGUCAACUUAUUCUAGCUAGAAAAAUAAUCCUCGGUUUUGUAAAUUAUCAAGCAAAAAUCCAGAAAGCGAAUGAAUCAGCGUUAGCAAUCACAAGAAAUGCUAAUUUCAAAGAUGACGUGAAAUGGUUCAAACAACUUCUGACAAUGUUAGCUGACAAGAGUCUACAUAAUAGCAUACUGCAUGACAUUGAAAGUCUACUGCAUCGAGGUUUCAAUAUCCAGACAUAUCUUCGUUUGCAAGAUUAUUGCAUGUUCAAGACCGUCUUGAAAGGACGAUGGCAUUACGCCAACUUGUUACGUCAGCAACACUAUAGUAAACAACAAAAGUUAAAUCCAGUAUUAAAUGAUAUAUUAUUGAAACAUCUUCGUUAUAAAACCUUUAGUGAUGAUAAACCAGUAGAACUUGAUCUUCAUCAACUUAAAGACGUUAAGUCAAAUGAUGCUGACUAUCUAACAACUGAAAUGAUGAAUAACAUCAACGAGUUAAAUGCUGAAUUGAUAUCGACUUGUGGCGCAAUGGGUCUCAUUUUGAAUGGUAAACUACAACCAGCUAAAUCAAUUGACUUGCGUAAAAUUUUAUUUUAUUGGAAGAAAAACUUACCAAAUUGGAACGAAGCAGCAGUCGGGAAAGCACAAAUUAGACGAUUUACCAGUCGAUUUUAUCGAGUAUUCCUAUCCAUUGUAAUAGCACCACAUCUCAAUGAUUUCGAACGAACACUUGUUGCACAAUUUCUUGACACAGUCGAACAUAUUGGUGCAAGAAUCGUCAAUAUUAUGUCAGACCAUCCCGAUAAACCGACCACACUACAACUAUGUAUCGAAGAAGCUUUGAGUGAAGAGAUCAACGAUGAUAUGCCGACUGGAGAAGAGCCAAGACCUCAGAAGCAAUCAAUGUUUAUGAUGCUAAUCAAUCAAAAUGUUAAUAUCGAUGAAAAGUUUGAAAAUUUUAUCACCAUGAUAAAACAAAAAACACAAAUAGUAACAGAAACGACAGUUACUAACGUUGACAUGCACUAUCACACUGCAAAUGGGCAACGUACACUGAGCUAUAACAGACCGCAAAUGGAAUGA